AUGAGGGCGAUGAUAUGGUACAAGCUGACUUUGCCAUCUAUGCAACGGUGGGUAAACAAGCAGAAUCGCUCGCACCGAAGGCUAGCGGGAUCCUCAAAGUUCUUUUUGGUGAAACAUUCUUCCACCUCGUCAAGAAGCUGAGACUAUGAUGGUAAAAUAGACAGCGACCGAUUUUACUCGUCUUUGUCGAAUGUCGGAUUCGGAUAUACUGGGCCCUUCCACGCUCUUACUGAUCUUAGCAGAAAGGCUGGGAUUGGUUCUGGGGUAGUGUGCAACAUUAUUGAUGCUGAAAAACGUCCUAUGCUUCUUCAUCCAGCCCUUCUGCAUUCCGCAUUUCAAGCAAUCAUACUAGCGUACUGUCAUCCAGAUGAUGGAAGGCUAUCUACUAUCCAUGUCCCGAAGCCGAUCGAGUCAAUUCGAAUCAACCCAGCCCUGUGUGCCGAGUAUCUCACAGAUGCCGCCUCGCUUCCCUUCGAAUCCGCCGAGACCGCUUGUAACAGAGAGGGUGUAUUCGGCGACGUGGACAUCUUCUCUCCAACUGGUGAGCCUGCCAUGAUUCAAGUCCAAGGCCUUCAGUUUGUACGCUUUGCCGAGGCCACUGCUGAGGACGAUAUGAAGGUUUUCUACACCACAAUCUGGGGUCCUGUUACUCCGGAUUUGAGUACUGUCUGCUGGGACGGGCGUGCCACUGAAGACGAGUGUGAACUGGCGCGAGAUCUUGAGCGAAUUUGCCUUUAUUACCUGAAUCAAUGGGAGCGUGAGAUACCUUUCGACCACCCUGCCCGUACCGAGGGCGUAUACAAGGGUCUCUUCCGAUUCUCAUCACAUAUUCGUGCCAAAGUAUUGAAUGGAAAGCACAAGUACGCUCGCCCAGAAUACAUGCACGACGACCAGGAAGUAAUCCGUCUUCUCAAGCAAAAACACCACAAUUGCCUGGACUUGAGAAUGGUCGAGACUGCUGGAGAAAACAUACCGGCCGUUGUGCGCGGCGAAACGACGAUCCUUGAACACUUGUUCAAAGAUGACCUUCUCGCAAAAUUCUACUCCCAUAGCCUGGGAAUGAGGUCCUACAUCAAAUAUUUCGGCCGAGGCGUCCAACAAAUCACGCAUCGCUACCCGGCUAUGAAGAUUCUUGAGGUUGGCGGAGGCACGGGUCACGCCACCCAUGCCAUCUUCAACGAAAUUGGGGGGUCCUUUGGCAGCUAUCAGUUUACCGACGUCUCUUCUGGUUUUUUUGAGAAGGCCCAGGCGAGGUUCGAGGAGUAA